UUAGAGGGGAGAGUGGGAGCAACAGGGUCGGACGCACAGGGGACUUUGUAGAAAAACCUGCCAGGACUCCGCCAGAAGAACUCGAUGGGCAGGACGCCAGGCUCCAGGGAGAGCUGAGGAGGGCCAGAGGGGGCGCCCCCUGCCCUGUCGGAACCAGGUCUUUUCCACCCCAAGUUCACGUUCGACUUAGGGGGCGAGAGGGUGUGGCAAGGCUGGUGCUAGGUGGGGUACAGGGAGGUGAGGGGCGGGGAGCGACCCCAGAUCUAUGGAGGACGGCUCAUUCCCUGCUGGGCCACCAGAGGAAAGUGUGGCCUGAACCCCGCAAGGCCUCUACUUUGGCCUAAAGACAUUGCACCCCACCCCACCCCUGCGCCGCGCGUCUGCACCGCCUCCGGCCCCGCCCUCCGGUCCAGCCGCCUCGCUAUUGGCUGAACCGUCCGGGGAGCCACCGGCGGGGUAAUUAAUGAAGGAUUAACGAGAGCCCCAAAGUCAACAGAAAAAUCAAUGGGCCGCGGAGCCCGAGAGGCCGCAGCUGCGCAGUCCCGCGGGGGCAGGGCGUCGGGGGCCUUGGUCCCCGCGCGGGGGCCUCAUCUGGACAGACGGGAGCCAGCCGGCGGCAAUGCCUGCCCAGGCCUCAGGUCACACAGCAAUGAGAGGCAAGAGUGGAACGGAGCCCAGGACAGCUCGGCAGCCAACCAGAACCCUGUCUCCCUCCCCAGCCCCUACUGAGGCUCCACCCAUGGCCACUCCAGAGGCUCAGGCGACUGGAGAGGCUCCGGCUAAGGAGAACCAAGUGGCCUUGGGGUUCGAGCAGACCAGGGCCCCUGCCUCGCCAGUCGAGAGGUCCUGGCUGGCGCGGCACUUCUCGCUGCUGCUGCGGCGGGACCGGCAGGCCCAGAAAGCUGGGCAGCUCUUCUCGGGGCUCCUGGCGCUCAACGUGGUGCUCCUGGGCGGAGCCUUCAUCUGCAGCAUGGUCUUCAACAACGUGGCCGUCACGCUGGGGGACGUGUGGAUCCUGCUGGCCACGCUGAAGGUCCUGUCCGCCCUCUGGCUCCUCUACUACACCGCAGGGACCACCCGGCAGCCGCACGCCGUGCUCCACCGGGACCCGCACGCGGGGCCCGUGUGGGUGCGGGGUUCCCUGGUGCUCUUCGGCAGCUGCACCGUCUGCCUCAACGUCUUCCGCGUGGGCUACGACGUGAGCCACAUCCGCUGCAAGUCGCAGCUGGAGCUGGUCUUCCCCGCCAUCGAGGUCGUCUUCAUCAGCGUCCAGACGUGGGUGCUCUGGAAACACUGCAAGGACUGCGUUCAGAUCCAGACCAACUUCACUAGGUGUGGCCUGAUGCUGACACUGGGCACGAAUCUGCUGCUGUGGCUUCUGGCCGUCUCCAACGAUUCCAUGCACCAUGAGAUCGAGGCCGAGCUCAGCGCCCUCAUGAAAAAGCUCUCAGGCAACGGCACCAACACCUGUCUGUGCCUCAAUGUCACCAUGUGCGAGGUCUUCCGGAAGGGCUACCUGAUGCUCUACCCCUUCAGCACCGAGUACUGCCUCAUCUGCUGCACCGUGCUCUUCGUCAUGUGGAGGAACGUGGGCCGCCGCCUGGCACCCGCCGCAGGCCCCCCCCCCGGCGCCCCGUCCUUCCACUUGCACGGGGCCAUCUUCGGGCCGCUGCUGGGCCUGCUGGUGCUGGUGGCAGGCGUGUGCGUCUUUGUGCUCUUCCAGAUCCAAGCAAGUGGCCCGGCCAUCGCGCGCCAGUACUUCACCGUCUACUACGCCUUCUACGUGGCCGCGCUGCCUGCUAUGAGCCUGGCGUGCCUGGCGGGCACGGCCAUCCACGGGCUAGAGGAGCGAGAGCUGGACACGCUCAAGAACCCCACCCGCAGCCUGGACGUGGUGCUACUGAUGGGCGCGGCUCUGGGCCAAAUGGGCAUCUCCUACUUCUCCAUCGUGGCCAUUGUGGCCACCCGUCCCCACGAGCUGCUCAACUGCCUCAUCCUGGCCUACUCGCUGCUACUCAUCCUCCAGCAUAUGGCCCAGAACCUGUUCAUCAUCGAGGGCCUGCACCGCCGCCCGCUCUGGGAGGUGACUCCUGAGAGCCUGGCCGGGAAGUGGGAGGCUGAGCUGCCCCGCAGGGGCUCCCUGCUGGAGCUGGGCCAGGACCUGCGGCAGGCCUCGCUGGCCUACAUCCACUCUUACAGCCACCUCAACUGGAAGCGGCGAGCCCUCAAGGAGAUCUCACUCUUCCUCAUCCUCUGCAAUAUCACACUAUGGAUGAUGCCUGCUUUCGGCAUCCACCCAGAGUUUGAGAACGGGCUGGAAAAGGACUUCUAUGGCUACCGGACGUGGUUCACCAUCGUCAACUUUGGCCUGCCUCUGGGGGUCUUCUACCGCAUGCAUUCUGUGGGGGGUUUGGUGGAGGUCUACCUGGGGGCCUGAGGGUGCCCGAGGAACCCACGCCCUGCAGACCCCCAAAGUGCCAGGGCCAGGGAGAAUGGCACCCAGAUGCCCCAUUCCAGGGGCACCUAGACCAGCCUGGCACCCCCAAAGCCCGCUCUGCCCUGGAAGCUCAUUGAGGGGUAGUGUCACUGUCCCCAGGCCCAGACCAAGAGCGGGGCCUGGACACUGAGCUGCUGAAGCCCACACCCAGGACGGAGCACAGCCUGCCCGCUGCUCACCGCGUCAGCGCAGCCCAGGAGGAAGUCCUCACAGCUACCCUCUGGGACAGCCCUGUGCUGGGAGUUUGCAGAGGUGCAGCCCCUCCCCAGCCAGGCUUAGGGGCUCGGCCUCCUGCCUGGCCCAAGCUCAGCCCAGGACAUCUGGAAGCUCGUGGCUCGGCAGGCCGCCCUGCCCUUGUCUCCCUACACGCCCUGUCUCCUAAUGAGCUUCUUAAUUAGCUGCCAGGCAGGGUUCAACAGCCCUCUCUCCCGCUGCCAUAUAAACCCUGUUUGUUUGAUCGAUUCCAUUCGGGCUUCGUGGCAUUUGUUCCUGGGGACAGAGCUGCUGCCCCACAUACAGUGGGAAGGGAUAGUCCUCCUGGGCGGGGCUAUGGGGCUGGAACAGUCCUACUUCUGGGCCAGGAGGGGUCUAAACCCUUUGUCUGGUCCUCCCCUUGUCUGAUCCACAGCAGGAGAGGGGAAGAGAGAGGCUGGGGC